AUGGAGUACAUAUUUACUACCUUGGAGGUGUCUAAGUCUUUGAGAGGUUUGAAUAAGUUGAUUGAGGAAUUAGCCCAUUUGUUGAAUAUGAACUGUUCACCAGACAAUAAAAUUAAAUCACAUUAUGAAAUAAAGAUGCCUAACAAAUUUUUGAACUCGAUGAUUGAUUCAAUGACUACAGUUGAUACUGGAUUCACAAUUACAUUACCCUCGAAGACGAUGAGUGAUAUUCGGCGACUCGCAUCAAUGUACCCGGAGGUGUGCGAGGUGGCGAAGGAGAUGGAUAGCUGUCACGACGUCGGGGUUCUACUGCUACUUCUCUCGUUCCUUCUGCAUUUGGUUAUUACGCCCUACUAUCUAAUUGUGAAGAUCACCUCUUCUAGGUGCUUGGAUAUUGCGGCUGGAGUGCAAGUGUUGUGGUGCGGACUGCAUUUAGCAUGUACUUUCGUAGCUGCCGAGCCAAGUUAUCGGACCCAACUUGAGGUUAAGCGCAUCAAUUCUUUGAUAGCCCGUAUGAUCCUCCAAUCCAACAAUGGCUUAGUACUCAAAGAGCUGAAGAAGUUCUCUACUUGUCUAUUAUUAAAUGAGAUCUCACAUUUUGGAUUCUUUACAGGUUUAAUGAACACGAAAGCCAUAAAGGAUCCGAAAAACAAAGUGUUAGGCACUAGUAUAAGAAAAAAGUAAAUGAUUAUUUUUAUUUUUCAGAUUAUAGGAAGUGUAGCUACAUAUCUGGUGAUUAUAAUUCAAUUCCAGCUUUCAGAACAAUGAAGAUACCUUUACCACAAGUUUUCGUUAUUUAAAAUACCUAACUAUAUUAUAUUAUUGACUUUAUAAUGAAAUAAAAUGUAGUUUUGAUAAUAGUUAAUAAUGUCUCCUUUUAGAUAAUAAAUAUCUAUAUCAAGAAACAUUGCUUUUUUUAUAGCUGUAAUACUUAUUAUUUUACCUGUAGGAUCACCACUGUAGGCUAACAGCACUUGGUCCGCAGACACACGUAAAACAAUAAAUAUAUAUUUUUUAAAUAAUACAUUCAAUGAUAGAAACCGAAAACGAACCUGAUGAAGAAAGGGUAUAACUGUCAUUUACGUGCGUUUUCUUAAUGAACUACGAUCGUACGAUCUAGAGAUACAAUUAUUCGUACGAAGAAAAGACAAAACACGUACUUAAUCCUUUAAAGUCUUUUUAGAUGCGUUUUAGUGUCCUAAAUUAAGCUA